UAUAUAAACAGUAACAUUGCUGUGCUUCUUCUAUAAAUUUUGACAAUGACAAUUUUAUUGUCCAUCUUCAUUAAUCUAAGCUCUUUCUAGCAUUAAAAGAUUAACGAUGAGUUUAUUUCGACGCCUUACUAAUUUUAGUUCACCAUCAUCUUCGAGACGUGUUGCAGAAACUCCUAGUGGACAACUGGACGACGUCAACCAGGGUACAAAUGUUACGCCAGAAAAUGAUAUUGUGAAUGCCCUAAAGGGCCAUUGUAGAACUAUAAAUGAUGUUUUGCUUACUGGUGAAACAAGCAAAUGCUCGGCUGAUGAUUGUAGGCGUGUUAUGGAUCAUUUUAGUAUUGUAAUGAACAUUAUUUCUGAUGAGAAAUGUGGGCAAGAUGGUCAGCUUGGCUCUUGUCUAGAGUACGCGCUUGAAUGUGGAAUAUUUGAAGGAGUAUUUGCAUGGAGUCUUAGCCAACGGACGAGUAUGAAAGAUCUUAUUAAAGAGCAACUAAAACUUUAUAAGAAUUUGUUAAGAAAUUGCAAACAACCAAUUUUGAUCUUUGAAGAAAUUGUCAAUCCAUUGAAACGAUUGCUUCGCUCGUGUAUGGGAAAACAAACGAACGAUAUUGAAUUGGUAUUUGUCGAAGUACUCCAUCAACUCUGCAUUUGUGUGAACCAAGAUGUCUCUCUUCUUAAUACACAUUUUAUAAAUACAACCUCGGCAUCGGAAUCAAGUGUUUCAGUGUUUGCAUUGCUAGUACCAUAUGUACAUAGAGAGGGGGAGGUCGGCUCCAAAUCGCGUGAUGCUGUAUUGCUUUGCACAUCACUAUCAAUGUUUCAGGAACAACUUGCAAAUUUCAUUUGUGAGGAAACAACAUUUUGUCCGGUACUGGCAACAGGUUUAAGUGCCCUGUAUUCAAGACUUCCUAAUACAUUAGAUGUUCCUGGUGAAGAUUGGUACAGCUUAGAGAAAGGCCUGUGGACAACAUUGCCAGAACUAAGGUCUUUUAUUACAUCAUUGGAAUUCUGUAAUGAUGUCAUACAGACUGCCCAUCCAAGAAUACAAUCAAAACUAUUGGAUCUCAUUUACCAAGGAUUCUUAGUCUCAGUUAUGGCACCUGCUCUUAAUCAGAAUUCUUCAGAUGCAUUGACAGCUGCGACAGCAUAUUUUGAUCUAUUUCUGGGAAGCAUUACUGAACCCAUGUUAAUGAAAGUAUUUCUAAGAUUCAUCCUUCAAGAAACAUUUGAUGGUGUUCAGAUAUUACAUUCCUUAAUACAACGGAUUGAAACUAAGAAUGAGUUAUGUCUGGUGACUUUGGCAUUGUUUCAGACUGUUGUCAAUCUUAAUUCUGAGGAUGUAAUGAUUGAACUUGUUCUCAAGUAUCUUUUACCUUGCAAUCACGUUAUGGGAAGCCAAAGGAAAAUGAUUCAAGAAAUGGAUCUUUAUGGAAAAGUAGCUGUGCGAUUUUUAACCUCAAUCCCAACAUGUUGCUACCCUGAGGAUGUGCAAAUUGAUCCAGUCACAGCAGAUGAUGUUGAGAAACAAACGACCAAUGAGGAGAAACAAGCGACGAAUGAAGAACCUAAGAGUUUAUCAUCAGAUUUCCUGAGUUAUUUGCUUGAUGUAAGGAAACGUCUUUCCGACCGUCGAUUGGCAUGUACUUGUUGGUCUGCGCAUUGGGAUGGACUGGAUCCCAGUUUCGAAAUGGCAGAAGCAAGUAAUAAACCUCUGUCAAAUGGUGGUGUGCUACAUACAAGCACGUCAUCGCCAGAAAUAUCACAACUAAGUAAGGGGGAAGACAAGCCUGCGCGCAAAAGAUCACUUUCGGUUGAGAAUGAUAAGUUGGAAAUUCUUCUUGGUCCAUUUAUUACAAAAUUGUUUAAGAAACUGGAGAAAAUGCCAGAAAAUUCAAUGGCAGUAAACGAGGUUCUAACAGGAGUUAUAUCAAGUUUAGCAGAGUACCCUCAACCAUUACUCAGGUCAUUUCUGUUGAACCAUAGUUUGGUUUUGCAACCGGAUGUUAAGUCAAUAUUCCAGAUAUUGGGCUCUGUGAAAACAAAGGUAGAAUCGAAUUUAAGCCAGUUGGAUAACCUCGAGAAACCAUUGUUAAUUGCAAAAGAAAACUUAAUCGAACGCGAGGAAACAAGAAAACUAUCCGUAUCUCGUCGCCCAUCUCAACCUGCCAGUCCUAAAUCAAAAAGUGACCUAAAAACUUCCAGAUCCUCUAGUAACAGUCCAUCCCGUGUCAGUACCCCUGAGGUUCCCUCUCCUUACAGAAAUACAUUCGUAGAAAGGAAGAACUCCAUGGUUGGUCAAUCUGAAUCCUCAUCAAACGACCAAGAUCUUGAAAACGCCAUUGAGCAAGCUUCAAGCUGGAUUAUACUGAAUUUGGGGCCUAAGGGUAUUUCACGUGAAAGAACGCGAAGAAAGCACAUCAUUAUGAUAAAGAACGCAGUUUAUUGUGCAGUAUUGAUGGAGGAAUGGAUGAAGGAACUAGCUGCUAUCUCAUUAGAGCACGCGGUUCAACCGUAUGCGGAAACCGACGUUACUGUCGAGUGAAAGAUUUAUAUUUCGCUAUAGAAGCCGUCCUCUGACUAGCACACGCUCUAAUUACCACGAAACUUCAACCUGUAAACCUGACAUAACAACCACCACUUGAGCCAAUGACUAAAUCACCGUAAAAUUGCUAUUCAUAUUUCACUAUAUUGAGCAUAGAAGUCAUUGUAAAGUAGGAUUUACCAUCGAAAGUGAAGUACCUCCUUGACUGAUGCAAUGUAAAACUCUUAUAACCAGAUUAAUAUUAUUGACGUAACUGUGAUUGCUAGUGAAAGACUGUAUUGUAUUUUUUUGACAACCUAUGCAUUGAUAUUAUAGUUCGGUGAUUUCAA